AGCAUCGCUCGCCUUGGCACUCGCCCGCAAGACCUCGCUCUGGCAAUACCUCAGUGAGCUCAACUCGCGCCCUUAGCGACAUCACUGGACCUUCAAGUGUCACGGAGCAAACACGGUGGCCAUAAACGAGAGAGAGAAAAGAAGACGUGACGUUUCCACAACAGGAUGGCGCUGACAGUGAAGGAAUCUGGGAUGUGUCUGCUUGCCCUUCUGCUUGUGAAUGGCGGCGCGGCGCAGCGCACGGGCGGCCUCCUCAAGCCCAGCGGCGACCGGCCCAUCGGCGUCACGCCGCCCUCGGGCAACGGCAACCGCGUCGACAACACCCGCCCCCUCCUGCAGCCCUUCAACGGCAACGUCUACAACUCGCACUCGAGCAGCAGCAAGCGGCCUCCGCCGGGGGCCGACCUGGGUCCCUCCCAGGGCUCCUUCGCGAGCUCCUUCCAGGAGUACCCGCAGGGCUCGUUCCAGGGGCCGCCGUCGCCGCAGGGGCAGGGCCACUCCUUCCAGUUCCAGAGCACAGGCAUCAGCGGCUCGGGCGGCGUCACCAAGACGCCCUCGGGGGUCGAGGUCGGCGGCUCGAGGGACAAGUCGCCUCCCGUCGCCGGAUUCACGAACGCGGCGCAGGGCGCUUCCUCGGGCGGCAGGCCUUCCUCAGGAGGCGCCUCGUCGGGGGGGCUCCCGCCGCCCGACGGGCCGCCCUCCGACUCCGCCCUCGCCUCGUCCUCGGCCGCCGCAGGGAACCCGCCCAAGAACGGCAACAAGGGGGAGGCCAACCUGAGCCUGGGAGGCUUCGGCGGCGCCUUCGGGCUGGGCGGCAAGGACAAGGUCAGCGCGGCGGCGCAGGAGGCUUCCGACCCCAGCCAGGACGGCGACAAGAAGCCCUCGAACCCUUCGUCGCGAGGGAAGAACACAGGAAACAAACAAACAUCUCCCUGGCCGACGCUGGUGCUGCUCCUGCCGGUCGCCCUGCACGCCAUUCCCCGUUAGCCGGCGGUGGAGCCAUUCGAGGCAGCCGAUCCCGGAGCCCAAAACCCUGUGAUUUGGGGACAAGGUGCUCUCGGUCCUUACUUAGAAAAAAGAAGAAAUAAAAAAGAAACUAGAAAAAAGAGAGAUAAAAGACAUUGCAUUGUAUUACCCCGACAUUCACGACUCAUUAUCAUUGUUAAUCCAGAGUAGGUUACUGGAAAUAUUUUUCGGAGAUAGUAUUAAAAGUAAAUGAUUAAUAAAAAUGAUAAUAAUAAUAAAAUCAAUAAUAGUAAUGAUAAUGAUAAUAAUGAUAAUAAUAAAAA